AUGGAUGCGGCAGCCGCCCGUCAGCCUCCCGAAAUGCCGAGUACUGAUGGUGUCGAAUAUCCACGAGCAGCCUCUUGGGCUAGCGAAUCGUUGGCCAACGUACUGAAAGAUGAAAAAGGUCGUCAGCUAUUCCGAGUUUUUCUACACGACGCCCUAGCUGAGGAGAAUCUAUCGUUUAUUGAAUCGUACGAAAAAUUCAAGCAAAUGACGGACCCGGCUGCAAAGAAGCAAUAUAUCGAGGAGUUCUUCGUCAAAUAUUCCCCCUAUGUUAACCUUAGCAGUGCUGCUAUGCAGGCCUACGAUCCAAAUCCGGCAGCAUUUGCUCUCGCAGUGAAGGAAGUGAAUCGACUCCUGGAAAACGACCAGUUCCCUAGAUUUAAACGUUCUGACGUGUAUGUUGACUUCCUCGAGAAAUUACUACCGCGCGCAUAUGCUGAAAAAUGGACCACCAAUUUUGAUGCGCUUCUUGGCAAUCAGGUCAUUAAAAAUUCAGUUCAGCAGUCGUUUGUACAUUGAUA